CUUGACCUUCACCGAUCAAAAUGACGGUGAGGACUAGCUGAGUGAUAUUCACGCCCAAAGGCGAAUACGAGGAUGCGCAUUGCUUGGCCUGAUAAGGCGUAUUGUCGAUUCCCUCCCCUGUAACAGGGUUUUGUACAGAGUACGUUUGUGUAUUACGUCUGUGAAACCCCGCUUAUGUCAUCAAUGCACAUCGAAGCUCUGAGCAUCGCAAAGCUGCGGGACGAUGACAUCGCAUGGGGGUUUCAACGACGAGGGAGACGGGCUGGUCAUGCAAGAAAUUCUCCCCUCCCCCCGCUAAACUUCGCGGAAAGGAGAUCUUUAUUUGCACGUUUCCGGCUUUGGAAGAGAGGAGCGAGCCUGGUGUUCCUCCGUCAGGGCACCCGGCAUCAUGAACCCUGUUGAUUCUUCCGAUCACUUUGAAGCUGAUACCGCUGCAUCACUCCUAACCAUUGUGCUCGACACCAACCCGCACGCUUGGGCCCUGCUAGAAGACACCCUCCCACUCUCCACAGCUGUCGCCAAUCUCCUCGUCUUCGUCAACGCCCAUCUCGCUUGCAACUAUGCGAACAAGGUGGCUGUUGUCGCCAGCCACUCCCAAGAGGCCCGAUGGCUGUAUCCGACCCCAACCACAGCCCCAUCAAACACAAACCAAGAUGAGCCAGCAGACACAGACGGAGACGUCGCCAUGUCUUCCACAACAGGAGGCGAAAGCCCAGCAUCCAACAAAUACCGCCCCUUCCGCAUCGUCGAGGAGCAACUAACCCGCAACCUCAAAGCCCUCCUCGCCACAACCUCCCCGGCCUCCGUCAGCUCCGCCACCUCGACCAUGAUGGCCGGCGCUCUCACCCUUGCCCUGAGCCACAUAAACCGCGAGACAAUCGCCUACGCCGAAACCCACGGCACUUCCAGACUCGAUAGCGAUCCUUCCAAUCCCACCCCGACGGCCACCGGCCUCCCUCCACCACCAGGCUCCCACCCAGACCCAACCUCACAAUCAUCCCACUCCUCCCCGACCGGCCUCCAGUCCCGCAUCCUCAUAAUCUCCGUAAGCAGCGCCACGGGCUCAGCCCACCAGUACAUCCCUAUCAUGAACAGUAUCUUCGCCUGCCAGCGCCUGCAUAUCCCCAUCGACAUCUGCAAACUCUCCGGCGAUGCCGUCUUCCUCCAGCAAGCCUGCGACGCCACCCGCGGCAUCUACGUUCCCGUAGACCACCCCCGCGGAUUCCUACAGUACCUCAUGGUGGCUUUCCUCCCGGACCAGCGCUCACGGCGACACCUGAUCCUGCCCACACGCGUUGACGUUGACUUCCGCGCCGCCUGCUUCUGCCACCGGAAGGUCGUCGAUGUGGGCUUCGUCUGCAGCAUUUGCCUGAGCAUCUUCUGCGAGCCUCCAGAGGGCGCGGACUGUCUGACCUGCGGUACUCACUUGGAGUUGGGAGAUUACGGUGCGAAGCCGGUUGUCAUCGCGAGGAAGAAGAAGCGUAAAAAGGGUGCUACAAAGGCCCUCGUCGCAAAUGGAGGCUCGUCUGGCGGAGCGACUCCAAUUUCUAAUCCAACAUCAACACCUACUUUACCUUAGGAGAUCACCAGAGACAAUAUACAUACCAAUCGGACCCAUUUCG